AGGACACGAGCUCGACCGCUUGAAGUGACGUCAGUGAAAUGGCUGGUGGAAUAAGGAGUCUUUCUUCUGGAAGCGGGAGCAGAGUGUGGUGGUAGUGGUGACGACGCGGUUUCCACCUCAGCGCCAAGGAAAAGAGAGAGAGGAAUCAAGGCGACAGAGCACCAGACUCAGUCUACUUGGUUUUCCAAGCCGAAGCUGAAGAAUUAUUUCCAAAGACGUCCACGCGCCUCUGCAGACAUGGAGGCGGCGAGUUUGGCACACGGGGUCGCGAGCCCGGUAAGCCAGCGCGAGGGCAUGACCAAGAACGUGAGCCUGGAGUCGCUCCAGCUGUGCGAGAGAGACGGUAAGGCUGAGGAUCCCGGAGUGGUAGGAAUGGAAUUACCUGUUGCUCGCAACAUCAAGAUCAGUAACAUCACAUGUGACUCCUUUAAGAUCUGCUGGGAAAUGGACCCUCAUACCACAGAGAAGAUCACACAUUACUUCAUUGAUCUUAACAAGAAGGAGAACAAGAACUCCAACAAAUUCAAACACAAGGAUGUGCCUACGAAGCUUGUUGCUAAGGCAGUCCCGUUGCCCAUGACAGUGCGAGGCCAUUGGUUCCUGAGUCCACGGACAGAAUACACAGUUGCCGUGCAAAUAGCAUCCAAACAGACGGAUGGAGACUACGCUGUAUCAGAAUGGAGUGACAUUGUUGAAUUUUGUACAGCAGAUUAUUCCUCAGUGCAUUUGACGCAGCUGUUGCAGAAGGCUGAGGUCAUUGCUGGCAGGAUGCUCAAGUUCUCCGUCUUUUACCGAAAUCAGUAUGAGGAAUACUUCCAACACUGCAGAGAUGUUCUUGGCAGUCGAAUGAUGCCCUCGGUAAAGGAUAACAGCGGUAGUCAUGGUUCACCUCUCAGCGGUAAACUGGAGGGGAUCUUCUUCAGCUGCAACACUGAGUUUAACACAGGUCAGCCUCCACAGGAUUCCCCAUACGGCCGAUUCCGCUUCCAGAUACCCGCCGAGGUUCUGUUCACCCCUGACACGCGCCUCUACUUUGGGGACUUCUACUGCAUGUACACUGCCUAUCAUUAUGUUAUCCUCGUCCUGGCUCCCCGGGGCUCGCGUGGAGACCUUUACUGCAGAGAUCGCCUGCCAGAGCUGGAUGUGACGAACAACCGCUUUCUCACACGUGUGUGCGGGGAGGAUGGGCGGGUGGUGUUUCAGCAUGCGCAGGAUGUGAUUCUGGAGCUGAUUUAUACUGAGCCGGUGCAGCUGGCACAGGGGACUGUCUCUCAGAUCAGUGGCCACCAGUUGAUGAGCUUCUCAACUGUCAAUGCUAAGAAAGACCCCAGCUGCAAGACCUGCAACAUCAGUGUUGGGCGCUAACUUGGGCGAACAUUCACUCACAGGCCCAAUUGUGCAUAUAACAAGAAGACCUCCUGAACAAACAACCUUAGAAUGCUACUUUACAGAACCAGAUACAAAUUAACCCCAAGAUAAUAGAAUCCUCCAGAUAUGCGCAUGUGGCACUCAGACACUUUUAGGGGCCACCCAGCCCCCCAGCUAAUGCUAGAAAAUUAUAUCUUUGCUCAAUGAACUAAAAAGUGUUAAAAAAAAAGUGCAACAGAAAAAAUAGAAGAAUAACGCAAAAAAAUUGAUUCAAGACAAAAAAAAGGAUAACAAAUCAGGAUUUGAAUAUAAAAAACACCUGAAAAUUUUGAAAACAGAGACAAAGAGUAAAAGCAAAAUUUCCACACACACAAAAAAAAUAAUCCCACUGUGAAUCUUUCAUGUGUUCUUGGUGCUUUUUCUGCUUGAUAUUCAGACCCCAGCCCUGUUUAUCCCCAAACCAUUUGUGACUUUUUAUAACACAGUGACUCUCAGACAAGGAUGUCUUGCUCAGUUACCGCUGUGGCAAACUGCCCGUGUCUCUUAUGUUGGACUUGUACUGCAUGAAGUCUGAUCCUUUAAGCAUAUACAUGCCACCUCAGCCUUUAAAUCUUCUAUAUGGGGAUUCAUUACUCCUGUGGUCUACGUGCCCGCCGAGCCUCUAAUCACCCGUGACAUGCGCCUCUGAGGUCUUCUACUGCUUGUAUACUGCCUAUCAUUACAUUAUACAGAUGGCUGUGACAAAAAACAAAUGCUUUAAGAGUUUUACGCCAACUGAUCCUUGAAGCACCUACAUGCCACUUCAGCCUUGAAACCUUCUCCUUUAACCUCAGUCUUUUCAUUUUCUACUGAUCGCAGUUCUCCUUUAAACUUUCUUACUCAUUAAGCAUUGUUAUAUUGAUGUUCUCGUUUCAUUGUUCUUGUUUUUAUGUGUUGCAGUAUUAAUGGUGUGUGAUGAUUCCUGAUAGAAUGUCAAACAGUAAGUAGAACUGAU